UUAAACAAAAUUAUGAUUUUUUUUAUCGCGCUUGCUUUUAUCGAUUGAUUAAGAGUGCUUCAGUGGAUGGAAUUUGGUUUAGUUGUCUUUUGCUGGAUGAUCUUUUGACUGAUUUUCGGUUUCGAUCGGAAUUCUGUUUUUUACUAUUAUUUUUUUGUUUUCUCUGUCUCUUUUACUAAAUUAGCUUCACAUGCAAUGUCUCUGAUUAUUAUUAUAUCUUAUUUUUUAAAGUCUCUGUUUUGUUGUUUGGAAAAUUCCCUCGACGGGAAAAAGUCGAGGUAUUAGGCUUUGUUUGGAAGGAAGGAAGGAUGGAAAGGGCUAAGAAUAAAAAAUUCGAAGAAAUGUUCUCGGUGCAGAAGGCAAAUCAGUUUCACCGUUGAAAAAAAGAUUUCUGCUUUUUUUCUUUCGCUUUCCUUUCCAGUUUCUCUAUGGAUUUUUCUUUGUGAUGCAAUGGAUAUUGAGCAAGUUGAAGAUCCAACAACAGUUUUGAUUGGUUCUGAGAAAACUGGCAUGGACAGCAAGGGAAAGGCUAAAAUAUGCUAUGAAAAGAAGCAGGAACACCAUGUGAAGGAUGCUUUAGCCAGUGAUCAGGGAAAUUCUGUUAGUGUAGCAGGGUCUGAGGAUAGUAACAAUCCUCUCAAGACUUCUUCCUCAGGAUCAAUCAUUUCAAAUAAUCUCAAUAGUUCUAACUCUGACUUGUCAUAUCAUGAUAAUGAUGAGGAUUGUGAUAAGGACUGUGAUGACUAUGCUGAUGAUGUUUCUGAUUAUGGUGACAAUGAUGAUUUCUUGUACAAAGAUGAUUAUUCUAUUAUGCAAUCCCAUUUUGAUAGCGUGGAUCUUCCUCCUGGGGUAGAGGCUUCAAUUCCUUGGUUGAAAGACCCUUCUCCAAUUGGAAAUUUGUCUCCGACUCUGAGUGCCUCAACUUCUCCUUGUCUGGCUGAAAGCAAGAAGGCAACAAAAUCAAAUUCGGCUGAUAGCAAAGUGAAGUCAGCUUCUACCAGUAGUUCAAUGGUCCCAAGAGAGUCAGGGUCUGAUUGGAAUGAAGGAAAUGAAGAACAUGGAGUUAUGCAAACAUUUUCGAGUUUCAAACAUUUUGAUGUUGUGGAUGAUUUUUCAGACCAUCAUUACAGCAAUUUGACCUUAUCAGGGGAGAAGCAACCGAAGGAGUGGGUGAAGCGAAUUCAAGAUGAGUGGAAAAUUCUGGAGAAUGACUUACCAGAAACAAUAUACGUGAGGGUUUAUGAAGCAAGGAUGGAUCUUUUAAGGGCUGUCAUUAUAGGCCCUUCUGGUACUCCAUAUCAUGAUGGCCUUUUUGUCUUUGAUUGUUUCUUCCCUCCGAAAUAUCCCAACGAGCCACCGAUGGUUUAUUAUUAUUCUGGUGGCCUCCGGUUAAAUCCAAACUUGUACAACUGUGGUAAGGUAUGCCUAAGCCUUUUGGGCACCUGGUAUGGUCAACAGACUGAGAUGUGGGUUCCAGGGCAAUCAACCAUGCUACAAGUUUUGGUUUCCAUACAAGCUCUGAUUCUGAAUGCUAGACCCUUCUUUAAUGAGCCUGGGUAUGAAACUUCGUAUGUUGGGGCUAACGGCGACAGGAGGUCCAGGAAGUACAAUGAGGAAGUAUUUGUUCUAUCCUUAAAGACAAUGAUUUACACACUAAGAAGACCGCCCAAGCAUUUUGAGGACUUUGUUGCUGGUCAUUUUCGCAACCGUGCAGGUGACAUUGUCGUGGCAUGCCAAGCAUAUAAAGAGGGUGCUACAGUAGGGUCUGUUGUGUUUAAAGACGGUGUUCUGGAUGCUAAUAAAAUUGAAAAGGGUAGCUCUGAGGAAUUUAAAGGAGAAAUGCCAAAGAUGAUUAAUGCAGUGGUUAAAGAGUUUGUAAAGAAUGGGUCAACAGACUGUGAGCAGUUUCAGACUAGUAGAAGCUGAUACCAUUUUGGAAUUGGUUAGAUGUAAAACAUAGGACGGGGUUGUUGAGCCAUUGUGGAAGCUAAUGUAGAGCGGUUUAGUUUAGUUUAGUUUGUCUUCCAAAUGCUUUGGUGAACACAAUUCUGAUGAACUUGAUUACAUUAUUACAGUAUAUAAUUCUGGGAUUCUAUUUAGAUAUAACUAUAUUUACGUAAUGGAAUGGCUCGGAAUGAUUAAAAGAGUUUAUACAUCACAUGCUUCUUUUUGGUCUUACCGUAGCGAUUUUGCCUUUGCAGUACCAACCGAAUGCUAUCUUUGAAUGCUAUUUUUAUUAUUAUUUUUUGUUUAAAGAACAAGAGCAAUCCAACUUCACUUUGGUCUAUCAU